AUGACAUCCCCAUUGAGUGCAACACAAAUUUCAAUCAAUGGCACAGAAAGUGCGAGUCUGCUCGCCAACAAUGCCGCACGGCGCCCGCCACGGAAGAGCACGCUUACACAGCAACAAAAAAAUCAAAAACGACAGCGUGCUACGCAGGAUCAAUUGAUGACCCUCGAAGUUGAGUUCAACAAGAAUCCUACCCCCACGGCCGUGGUGAGAGAGCGAAUAGCUCAGGACAUCAACAUGACUGAGCGCUCGGUCCAGAUUUGGUUUCAAAAUCGACGCGCAAAAAUCAAGAACAUUGCAAAGCGAAGCAUCGAAAGCGGAGAGGAUUGCGAACACAUCCCCGACUCAAUGCGACAGUACCUCGCAAUGCAACCGUACGGCCAGGCGAAAGGCUUCGCGCCGGGUCUCCUUGGUCGUGGUGGACCAGCGUUCUCUCCUUAUGGUGGAUCCGCUCUCGGCAUGAAUGCUGACGCCACUUCCGGCAAAGUCGUCAUCCAACACUUCCACUGUCGUUCUCUCACCAUCGGUACGUGGCGCCGGAUCGGACAGAGCUCAAUGGAUCUCGUGAUCUUCUACUCUCCAGACAAAGCCUGCGUCACAUACUACAUCAACAACGAGAGCGCAGGCUACAAGAUUGAGUAUCCUUUCGCAUGGAUCAAGAACAUUACGCUUGAGCAGGGUGACGUUUCCGCCGCGGCGGAGGGUUCCUCGCAGCGCUCGGGAGGACUCAUCAUUGAGAUGACCCGUGCGCCAAAGUUUUACAUGGACGGAUCUGGCAGCGGCGGAUUCUACGAGUGCGGCGAUUUCUCCGAGGAUCAACAAGCCAGCACUGUAAUGGUGCACCAACUGGGCGGCCCAUCCAAAGUUCUCAGCGGUCAGUUGGCAAAGCUCAUCUCCCUCGAGGCUUACCAGAAUCGGCACUCGAUCUUCGAUCAGUCUGUAUUCGCAGUAUCUGCCCCAGUUUCACCUAUUCAUCACCGCCCUGCCAGUCAGCCCAACCACAUGAUGCACCCACACAGUGGCAUGCAUCUGUUCCCACCUCACGAUCCCAAUGCUGGGUUGAUGGGUCCGCCAGGUCCUCGUGGUCAUAAGCGUCAGCGAAGUCGAUCCGUGCCAUGUGCAAUUGACUUCUCCAUGAUUCGGCACCCAAUGCCGUCCUUCCUGAUCCAACAAGACGGCCAAGCGGCACAACAGCCACUCCAAGAUCCGUCCAUUUUCCAUCCCGUCCCACAGCAUCAACACUCCAAUGGAUUUGUGGCUGGCGCAACAGGCCCUCAUUUGAGUCUCGACACCUCAGCCGGUUACAACAUGGGGAUCCCUUUCAACGGGCCUCUAUCUGCUGCCUCUGCGACCUCUCCAAGCGACUUUGGACCGCCGGCAUGGUUUACCGGCGCAUCUCACGUUGAUGGUAUCCAGCCGAAUCAUUUGCAUCCUAAUUUCCAGAAUGGCUUCCUCGCUGUGGACCCCGGUGCGAUGCUCGGUACCAGUCACACACCACUCUCCAUGGUCAGUCAUGGCGAUCCUGCAAUUGUAGAUCACUCGCCUCCAUUGAGCGGUGUUGGGCGCAGUCAAAGCGCAGACAUAUUCGGCGGGUCGGGCGAGAACGCACAGCUCGACGAAGAAAGUUUAUAUCUUUCCGACGCUUUCAACAAGCAAAUCGCCUUGCCGUUCAGAGGAUCCGUAUCGGAAGAGCCUUUCCAUUCGCCCAUGCCGGAGGGAAUGUUCACAUUUCAAACACCUCCAGGCAAUGGCACAGAGAUGCAAGCCCACCUGAACAUGAGCGGACCUAGUCAGCCAAGCUUCCAGAGCCCUCCAGGUCAACAGCAAGACAUGUCUGCUUUCGACUCGCCUUCACAGCACAACCAGGACAGCGCCAUAGCCUUCUCGACCUCAUCACAGGGAUCUCAAGACCAAGCAGCUAUGUUCAACAGCCCUAAGGACGGAGGCGUGAUGUACCAGGAUGGAAAGAUGUAUGCUAGCCCCGGGCAUUUACAACAGGCUUCCGAAGAGCAUGGCAUGUUCCAUCAGAGCCCUGUGGCUAACGGUGCCAUGACCCAGAGCUUUGACAUGAACGGCCAACCAAUGUACAGCUUUGUCGAUCCCACCAACCUUGGCCACGCUCAGCAAUAG